AUCUUAAUCUCAAUCUCCUCCCCGCGUUUCCGGUUCUUGUAGCUCUUACCCUCGAUCGCGAUCUCCCAUGGCUCCCAAGGCCGAGAAGAAGCCCGCGGAGAAGAAGCCCGCUUCCUCCGACAAGCCGGCGGAGGAAAAGGAGAAGAAGACCGCGGCCGAGAAGGCCCCGGCGGAGAAGAAGCCCAAGGCCGGAAAGCGUCUCCCUUCCAAGGACGGUGCCGCUGCCGCAGGCGACAAGAAAAAGAAGAAGGCCAAGAAGGGUACUGAGACCUACAAGAUUUACAUAUUCAAGGUGCUCAAGCAGGUGCACCCAGAUAUUGGCAUCUCCAGCAAAGCCAUGUCGAUUAUGAACUCGUUCAUCAACGAUAUCUUCGAGAAGCUCGCGCAGGAGGCCUCGCGCCUUGCCCGCUACAACAAGAAGCCCACCAUCACGUCCCGUGAGAUCCAGACCUCCGUCCGUCUCGUCCUCCCCGGUGAGCUCGCCAAGCAUGCGGUCUCCGAGGGCACCAAGGCCGUGACCAAGUUUACCAGCUCUUAAAUCCAUUGUAUUUUGGUUGGGUCUCCCUUGGAUCUUUGGAAGAUCUGAGACUCUAGGGUUUUUUCUUAUUUUCUAAUCGUGCUUUGCCUUUUUUUUGUUUUUUUGGUUCUUGAUGGUAGAUGAAUGCUCAUGUAAUAUAGUAACUCUGACUCGAGAAACUAUGGAUGAUGGGUCUUUCAAUUAGCAGUGUUUGAAGGUUAAUAUGUUGACAUAUGGUGUAGGGUUGUGCGGGAAGGAGUUGUUUUCUGUAUUAAAUGCUUCUCUUAGGAUUUCAGAAAUGUGUUCUUGAUCAUCUUUGAGUAAUUUGGUGAUUUCAUUGUGAUCA